GACGCAGCAAGACAUUAGACAACUGACAAGUCUCGUUUGACGUGUCUUAACUCUUAGGUAUUAACCGUAUUAUCAUUUAUAAAUAAUCAACGAUUAAAAUUUCAAUAUAACGUUAAAACCAAACAAGGAUAAUGCACAUGGCCAAUGCAAAACUGAGAUAUUAUUACAAUAAUAAUAUAAUAUUACCGCAUUCUUAAAAUACGAUUUGUUUUUAAUUGAAUAGAAAGUCAUAGUUGGAGAGAACGUAGGAAAUUUAAAUCCGGGCAUAGUCAUUUUAACAAUAUAUAAAUAAAUAAAAUAAAAUUAUCUGGAUUUUGCUUAAACAUAUAAAAUAGAUAUGGUUGGCAUUGGAGGAUUGAUUCUUUUAAAUUUUCUACACCGACGACGUCAUAGCUCUGUGUCUAACUCAACUACAAACGAAUCAUCAAAGCAACCAGGAAGUAACCAGGAUACGUACCAAAAAUGCAGAGUUUGUCUUAAAGAGGGAUCCGUUCCUAUAUUUGGGAAUCAAUUUUUGGACGAUAUAUCUGAGAAUUUUCGUUCAAUCACUGAUAUUGUAAUAGACCAAAACGAUGACUUUCCAAAGUAUCUGUGCGAUGAAUGUCAUUCCAAGUUACAAAAUGCAAUAGACUUAAGGAAUACAGCAAAAGAUUCAGACAAAAUUUUACGCGAAUUGCCUUCAGAUAAUAAUGAAGAUGCAGAUGACUUCAUAUAUGAAGAUCAAAGCACUAGAAAACAAACAAAAACAACCCGUGAUGAAAGUUAUAUAUGUGUAAAAUGUGAUAAAACAUUUAGGGUAUUUGAGGAGUAUACUGAACACAUCUCUAUAGACCAUGAAAAUGCCUCUCGCCAGUGCCCUAUUUGUAACAAGAUAUACAAAGAAAUUUACUUUAAAAGACACUUAUCUUUACAUAACAAAACACAGUUCAUAUGUGAUAUAUGUGGUAAACAUUCAUUCUUCAAAGGCGAAUUUACAAGACAUCGUCUGACACAUUUCUAUCACCUUCCUUUUAAGUGUACUCUUUGUCCUUACAGGGGGAGAUUUCCCGAAUCUCUAAAAUUACAUAUGCGUACUCAUACUGGUGAAAAGCCCUAUCAAUGCACACAAUGCCCAUCACGUUUUCUAACUAAAAGUAAUCUCAAUAAGCAUAGUUUAACCCAUAGAGAUAGUUAUGAUUUUAAAUGUGAAUGUUGUGGAAAGGGUUUUCAUAAUAAAAGGACAUAUGAUCAACACUGUCGAAUUGAUCAUGGAGGCAUUAAGGAACAUGUUUGUAACAUAUGUAACAAAGCAUUUGGAUAUCGUAAGCAAAUGAUGAAACAUCAAUUAAAAGUACAUAAAAGGGAGAAAUUAAGGAGUGGUAGGAUGCCAAUAUAUUUACAAAUUCAACAAAUGCAAAAGGAACAGCAAGAAUACAGAGAAAUAGAUAGCAUAUAAGAAACACUGUGACACUUAAAAUUUAUCAUUUUAAAAAUUAUUAUUAUAUAGAAAUCCUUAUAAAUAAGGGUGGACACAGGUACUGGUGUUAUCUUCCAGGCAAUCUCUUAUAUAAAAGUAAUAAAAAGGCUACAAGACAAAGAAAGAAAUAAAGCUGAAUUAAAAAAAUGUU